UCUCUCUCUUCACUUAUACCCCACACUCACCGGAAAAUAGACUCUCCCAGAAUAUCUUCACAGGAACGCCAUUUCAAUUGUAGAUAAGAGCUUGUAGUACAAAAACAAAGUUAACCCCCCCCCCCUUUUCAAACCCACCCCUAUCGCCCAAAAAAGGGGACCAAAAGACAAAAAAAGAAGAGUAAAGUUCAAAGCUUUAUAGGGGUCUUUAGAGUUGCUUGUUAGGUCCUUAUCUAUGCAUGAAAUUUGUAUUGAUAGUAUACAUAUUUAUAUUCUUUUAGAUAUAUUUUCGCCACUAUAAGUUUCUUUUUUAGCUCCUCUUGUUGCUUCCUUUGAAGGUUCUUGCUUUUAUUUUUGGGGGGUUGUUUUAAUGUGCACACUAUCCAAAGACUGCUAGUUUCUUGAUUUUAGUUUAAAAAUCAAGUCUUUCUUUUUUCAUUUUCAAGAAAAGGGGCUAUCUUUUUAUAUGAUUCUUGAGUUUCUUUUGUAUUUUUAGAUCUUUUGGGUGUUUGAAGUUUUGGAGGCAUAUUUUGGUUUUAAAUUCUUGGACUUGUUGGUGGACUUAUUAGGAAGUUAAAGGAAGAAGCUUUGCUUAUGAGGGUUCAAGUGUUUGCUAGGAUCAAAUAUUCAUAUUGUAACGUGAGAAGAUAGUAUUGACUUUUUGAGUGAUGGGGGUUAUUUGCAAGUAAUUUGUAGGAUCAAAGGGUUGAGUUGAGGAUGAGGCAUUCAGGGAUAAUCUGAUUGAGAAUUUUGCAACCAUGAGUUGCAGUGAGAAGAGUAGAGAAAGAGAAGAGGAAGAAAAUCCUGUUGGUAGUGUACAGAAACACGUUGAAGGCGUAUCGCGAAAUGGAUCAUCAGUAGUACCCUCAAAUCAAUUAUCUAUUGAUGAGAGAGUGUUGGUGGAUCCAAAACAACUCUUUAUUGGAACCAAAAUUGGUGAGGGAGCUCAUGGAAAAGUUUAUGAAGGAAGGUAUGGUGAUCAAAUUGUUGCGAUAAAAGUUCUAAAUGGCGGUAAAACUUCGGAAGAAAGAGCUUCACUUGGAAGCCGUUUUGUUCGGGAAGUUGUUAUGAUGUCAAGAGUAAAACAUGAGAAUCUUGUAAAAUUUAUUGGAGCUUGCAAGGAUCCUUUGAUGGUUAUAGUGACAGAGCUUCUGCCUGGAAUGUCCCUUCGGAAGUACUUAGUCAGCAUUCGUCCAGAAGUGCUUGAUCUUCAUGUCGCCUUAAAUUAUGCGCUUGACAUUGCUCGGGCCAUGGAAUGUUUACAUGCCAAUGGCAUUAUACAUAGAGAUCUAAAACCUGACAAUUUGUUGCUCACGGCCAAUCAGAAGUCUGUGAAGCUUGCAGAUUUUGGGCUAGCUAGGGAAGAGACCCUCACUGAGAUGAUGACGGCAGAAACUGGGACGUACCGGUGGAUGGCACCUGAGUUGUACAGCACUGUCACAUUGCGUCAGGGUGAGAAGAAGCAUUACAAUAACAAGGUUGAUGUUUAUAGUUUUGGUAUUGUCUUGUGGGAAUUACUGACGAACCGCAUGCCAUUCGAAGGAAUGUCGAAUUUGCAAGCUGCUUAUGCUGCUGCUUUCAAGGUACGGAGGAUUUUUCUGUCUUCAUACUGUUGUUCCUGGGCAUAUUUAUUGCAGUACAAUGAGGUAUGCUAUUUGUUAUUUUUGAUUAUGACUGUAAAAGAGCCAACCCUUUGGAUUAACUUCAUUAAGAAAUCCCACGCGUCGAUUGGCUUGCUCGAGGAUUGGAAAACCUUGAUCUACGAUUCAGUUUUAGCGUGUGAAAAAAGAAUGUAGAAAAUAUAACCCCCC